AAUAUCCACUUCUUUCAGAAUCUCUAGUUGAGUAAUUAUAUCUUUCAGCAAAUAAAGUAGUAAUUUCAAACUGAUUCCUCUUAGUAUAUAUCUGUAGAUAGUCCUAAUCUUAGUUUUCUACAGACUUCAUGUUAGCUUAAUCAAAUACUAAAUUAAUUGUAAAAUUGCAUUACUUAGUUGCUGUGUGAAGCCUCGUUUUCUUUUCUUUUUGAAUGGAGGAAAAAAUGGUUACAAAGAAACACUAGCUUUCAAGGUGCAUAUUCAGACAUUAAUAAGUGGCCUAUUUUUAAAAGUAUUGAAUUGACUUCUUAAAAUCAUGUUCCCUUAUGUAAGGGUCAUGUAGAUACAUGUUGCUAGCUAUAGAACUUGAUUUUUGUAAGACAGUCUAAUUCAUGUUUUUAAAACUUCAAAAGUCCUACAGGCGGCAACAGGUGUCUUAUGUAAGGGAACAUAAGAAGAAGCUGUAAAAAAAAACCUGAAAGCAGGUUCCAAUUAAACAGUAAUUGGUUUGGAGAGGAAUAUUAAUCUUUAGAGUGAUCUAGGCAAAUAGUAAUAUUAUAAGGAUUGCUUAGCAGCAGAUUAGCAGUAAUGGGAGGGGAUUAAGAGAAAAAAACACAGUUGCUAUCACACGCAGCUUUACAGAUAUGCAAUAGGUAAAGUUCUUGAAAUGAUUCCUGUGAAAGUUGGAGAAGCAAUACCUCAGGGGAAAACUUAGAGUGGGCUUGACAAAUAAUAUUUAACGUUCGUAAGAAUUUAUUGGUGUUGCUCUUGAUAGCUCGGCCUGUUUUAAGAAUAUUUUAAGAAUAAUAGGCCCAUGAAGUAUUGGAAGACCAAAGUCUCUGGAAAAUAAGAUGGCGAGGGUCUCUGGGGAGCAUGGGCAGGGCUAGAAGUGCAGCAGAGGAGGCUGACAGUUACAGAAGAUUGGGUUGUGGCUCCAUAGUCAAACAGCAGGGAUUUUUUUCACUUAAAGCAGGUAUUCAGCAUCCUUAUUGCAUGUGAAAAAUACAGUGCAUCUUAUCCAAAUUUAAGUAUUCCUUGAAUAAUGAGUGAUUCUCCAGAGAAUUUGUGAUUGUUUGUAAAUUCUCUGGGAAAUCUAGUAUUCCAACCUUUUUUAUGUUCUGACUGGGCUUACUUACGGAGUAAAACAAGAGCUGCUAGGGUGUAGAAAUUUCUAAGUAUACUGAAAUCUUAUGUGUGAAGAGACUGAGUUCUCGCUAGGCUAAAUAGUACUGGUUUUUUGUAUCUUGUUGCAGACAGGUUUAGCGCUACGUUCCUUGUGACUCAGUCGUGACAUUUUCUCUGCAAUACUUCUGCAUAUGGUGGUUUUCCAGCUGAAGGUGUCACUAAUGUGACACGUGACAUGUGCUUCAGUUGAAGGUUACUGGGUGUGAGAAGUCCAGAUUAAAUUUUAAAGAUGCCCCGUGACAGAAGGAUAUUAUUAAAGCAAAUGCACUACUUUUAUCUUGCUUUAUAUUAAGUGUAUAUAAGCAUCAGUAUUUUUUCUACUCCAGUUUAAACUGGUCUUUGAAGAAUGAAAAAAAUCUUUCAGAUUACUACAAAGAAGAGUUUAGGUUGUUUCUCUGCCUUCCCUGAGAAUUUCUGUAUGUUAACAUUUUUUGAUUGUUUUUAAUUCACUUUUUUUCUGAAUUUCAUUAGUUUCAGACUUUUUCUUGCAGUAAGCAUUCUUGUAAAUGGUUUUUCCCCUUUGGAUUUUGGUACCCAUCCUCAACUUCAAUAUGAGUUCAAACAGAUUGUUUCAGAAAGGCUGAAAGUCCUAUUCCUCCUUAAAUAUAUUAUUGUAACAUUUCAUGCCAUGAUUUCCCCAUUUAUGAAAUUAUGGUAUUAACCUCUUUUCCGAAAGCUCUUGGAAGAGUUAUAUGACAUUGCUUUCUCUGUAUAGAAAGAAUUAGGCAUUAUUACCACCCUUAAAUUUGAAGACAAAUCCAAUUUUUUGGCCUUAGCAGAAGUUCAGUGUGAACUUGCCCUCAAAGUAUCUGCACUAGAGAGUUUAACUCCUCAGCACUGUAAGAAGUAUUGUUGAUGUGUAUUAUCCCCAAGGUUUGGAGUAUUCUUAUCCAGGGUUUUGGUUUAGACCUGUCUUUAGACUCUCUGAGUCUUAAACAAAGACAAUAAAAAUAUUUCUCCUCUUUUUGUUCUUGGAUAGUUUCCAGAAAAGGAGUGAAAACUUGCCUCUAAAGAAAGCACCAGAAGUCAUUGUUCAGUUUGGAUUCUUUCAGCAGUUUACAAAACUGGGUGUAACGUAGAGAUGUUAUUCUAAUCUAAACUCUGGACACUCCUUGAAAAAAGAAAAUCACGUGAUUUGGUUAGACGCCUCGCUUCUGGGCCAGCGCUCAGAGACUAGCAGUGCACUAAGAGGCAUAUCUGAGGGAGAUAGGGACUGUUUCAUCCCAGCUCCUUGUCUUCGCCUUCGGCAUGGAGGAGUUCCAGCGUCAGCUACUCACUGUUUUGGGGGCUCUGAUCUGUUUAUGUACUCUAGUAAAAUGCAUCCGAUUUCUGAAAUAUAUUUUCCCACAUACCUGGAAUGCUUUGCCUCAGGCUUUCUUUCGGUCGCUGGGAGAAUGGGCAGUGGUCACAGGAGCAGGAGAUGGGCUUGGAAAAGCAUAUUCCUUUGAGCUGGCAAAACGUGGACUAAAUAUAGUCAUGAUAAGCAGAACUCUUGAAAAACUUCAGAGAGUAGCCAGUGAAGUUGAAGAGGCCACAGGUCAAAAGGUGAAGAUUAUACAAGCUGAUUUCACUAAAGAUUCAGUGUACAAGAAUAUUGAAGAAAGUGUUGAAGGCUUGGAAAUUGGUGUUUUGGUUAACAAUGUUGGAAUGCUUCAUAAUCCUCUUCCGUGCCGUUUCCUUAAUGGACCAGACAUAGAUGAGAGCCUCAUCAACUGCAACAUUAUUUCCGUUAUAAAAAUGACACAAAUAAUUUUGAAAAAAAUGGAGCCAAGACAGAAAGGUCUUAUUCUGAAUCUGUCCUCUGGUCUGGGUACUUUCCCUUGUCCAUUAUACACAAUGUACUCAGCUUCUAAGGCUUUUAUAUGCACUUUCUCCAAAGCACUACAAGCAGAGUAUAAAGAAAAGGGAAUUAUCAUACAGGUGGUGGCUCCUUAUGGUGUUUCUACUCCAAUGACAAUGUACCAAAAACCCAGUCUUAUCACAAAGACGGCAGAAGAGUUUGUUAGUGAAUCACUGGAUUAUGUCACCUUUGGAGAUGAGAUUUUUGGAUGUUUAGCCCAUGAAAUAUUGGCGUGCAUCCUGCAGCUCAUCCCUUUAUGGGUAUUCCACAGUGACAGACUUCAAGAAACAGUCUUGCAUGCAUUUACCAGGUAUCUGAAGAAGAGGUGGAGGAACCCCUAGGAGAAUCAUUUUAGGGGAAGACGUGCAAUUGACAAAGCCAGUGGGAUGCAUUUUGCAGUGCCUGUGUGUGUGUGUGUGUGUGUGUGUGUGAGAUCGCUUACCAAGGAUAAUAUGAUCCAGUGAGUCUUUUGAGCACAUCCAUUAGCAUCCCUCUUCAAACACCAUAAAAUCUGCAAGAGAUGUUCCAGUGACUUCUAUGGGCUUUAGACAGAUUCUAAGAAAUGCUGCUGCUGCUACUGUUCUAAUAUAAGCUUGGAGGCCACAGAU